CCAUAAGUACCUCGAUUGGACAAUGGUCAUUAUACGUCACCUUUUAGGUGUAAGUUUAAUGAAUAUUCAUAUAUUUCGAAAUUAUUUUUGAAAUGUUCCAAAAUGGCCGAUCAUUAAUGUACGAUAUUUUAAUUAACAGAGUAGUAUUUUCAAUUCUUACGUGCUAUAAUUUUCAAAAAAUUGCAGCUCUUUGACACUUUUUUGCUAAAACUGCUGGAUAUAUUUACCAUCAUAAGGAAAUUAUUUCUGCAUUGAAACAAUUAAAAUGAAAUACUCUUGCAAAUUCCGUGACCUAACAGAAAUAAUUUCCAAAAUUCAAUUCCACUGAAAUGGACAUAAAUGGAAGAUACGUUCCAAAAGAUUUAUUACUUUGAAAGAGAAAAAUGAACAUUAGUUCUUUUUCUGAAAAUUCUUCAUCCAGACCAACAUCGUUCUUUAUAGAGGAUAUCUUGUUAAACAAACCAAAGACAAUGUGCCGUGCAGAAAUAAACCACGGACUCUUCCGUCCCGGUAUACCAGAAUACGGAUUCCAAUGCAUUCCGGGAACUCAUCUUUUGUAUCCUCAUCAAGUAUUACAAGCACAGAACUUUCUACACAAGCAUUCAGACCACCCGUUCCUGAUACCAACGGCUGGAUUUCCUCUGAAUCCGUUAUUCCAACACGACAGUCCAGGAAAACAUUGCCGACGAAGGAAAGCUCGGACAGUAUUUAGUGAUCAACAACUCAAUGGUCUAGAAAAGAGGUUCGAAACUCAAAGAUAUCUUUCUACACCGGAGAGGGUAGAAUUGGCAGCACAACUGAGCUUAUCAGAAACACAGGUAAAGACAUGGUUCCAGAAUAGAAGGAUGAAACAUAAAAAACUUCAGAAAAAGCCACUCGAUUCUUCAACUGACACCAACAACCAAUCAGAUGAACAUUCUAGAGAUUGUGAUACACCAGAAUCAAACCCAGAAGACAAUUAUUUCAAACACCCCGCAAGUUUUCCAUUUAGUCAUUUUAAAUCUAGUGCUUCGACGAUAUCAGUGCCAAAUAACCAACAACAUGACGAAUCGGAACCGGAAGAGGAAAUAGAUGUCGUGGAAACGGAUCCUGAUGAAACAACAUGAAGAAAUCACCUGUGUGUUUUAAUCGUUGUCAGUCGUUAGAUCGUCUAUAUCAGAGAUAUACGAAUGGACAUUGAUAGUGCUUCCAGUUCACGUGCUACGAUUUAUACAAACAAUUUUAAACUAGCAAAACGAAUGGUACGUUCUGGAAAUUCCGAAUGUUGCAGUGCAAUGAAGUAAUACAUUAUAGAAAUUCCGAAUCUUUAAGCAAUGGCCAAUAUUCCUUUGUGUACUUGUCAAUGUGACAAGAUUUAUGUGUUUUCUUUUAGAUUUAUAAUUUAUUGACAUAUAUUGUAAUCAGUGUGGUUACAUUCUUUUUGUUAUCUUAUAUAUGAAAUAAAUAAAUUUGUUGUCCGAUAUGAA